ACCAUUGCUUUAAAAACCACACAAGAAGAAGCCAGACGGCCAUUAUUGUGUGGCGACGAAGGGGAAGCUGUUACGGGUGGUCAGAAGAACUUACUGGAGGACAUCAAAAAGCACUGCAGAUUUUUUUUGUUGUUGUUGGAAACCUUAAUGUUGAAGGACCUUGGAAACAACUUUUGAACACACGCGCAAAAAAAAGGAAAUUGAACAGUACCCCAAAAAAUUUACGCCAAAGAAAAGAAUCGCUAAGGUUGGGAUCUAGCCGAGUAGUGCCAUGUCUCACAGAAGAAGCCGCAGUGGAUCGCCGUCUGGCCCUGUUCGCUCAUGCACCAACAGCCAAAAUCCCCGCGAUAUGGAGAGGAGGAUUUUUGUGGGGAAUUUACCGACAUCACUGAUGGACAGGAAGGACAUGGAGGAACUGUUCAGUCCCUACGGGAAGAUUCAUGCCUUGUCCAUGUUCCAAGGGUACGGAUUUGUGCAGUUUGAACGUGUUGAGGAUGCAGAGGCUGCAAAGGCGGGACAAAAUGGUCGCCCUUAUAAAGGUUAUAAAAUAGCUAUAAAUAUGGCAGCGGAGCGACAACGACAGAAUAAAGCUCAAUCCCGGCCGAGCCCUCCAAGAAGGGAUCCAUAUGGAGGUUAUGGAGAAGGCAGGGAGCCCCGUCCUCGCUCUCGCUCGCCUAUGCACGGGCGCGACUCUCGUGCGCACCGGGGUAGCCGAGAGCACUCACGAGAGCCUGGCCGUGAGCCUCGGCACCCUCGUGACCAUCACGAACCGCGAGACCCCAACUUUGACCGCUACCGCACAUCCGAGGGCAGGGAAAAGGAUCUCAGGGGUGAACCUCGUGGAGACCCUCGCGGUGAACCUCGCGGAGACCCUAGAGACCCCACAUUCAGAGAGGAGGGUUAUGAUCGAUAUUACCGUGGUGGCGCAGAUGAGCACCACCGCAAGAAGGAGGACCCGUACAGGGAUCCAUGGAAUGGCCGACGAGAACCUGAAGGUAAAGAUGACCGUGUGCGGGUAGAGGAGCGGCGGCGUAACGAGCUCUACCGUCAGUACUAUGAGGAGGUCCAGAGACAGUAUGACCGGGAGCGUCCAGUUGACUGCUCGGUCAUUGUUGUCAACAAGGCACAAAAUAGGGAGUAUGCGGAGACAGUGGGGCGGAAGGUGCGUGACCUGGGUAUGGUGGUGGACCUCAUCUUCCUCAACACGGAGGUGUCCCUGACCCAGGCGCUGGAGGACGUGGGCCGGGCGCGCACCCCUUUCGCCAUAAUCAUCACUCAGCAGCACCAGGUGCACCGCUCCUGCACAGUCAACAUCCUCUUCGGCACACCCCAAGAGCAUCGCAACAUGCCCAUGGAGGAUGCCAUGGUCCUGGUGGGCCACAACUAUGACUCCUUCAAGGUGGAACAUCGUGAGAAGGAGCGUGAGGAGAUCGCUCAGAAGGCUGCCAAGAUGGCUGACGACGUGCUGAUGAGGGAGCAUGAGAGGGAGGGCCACCCGGUCACCCUGCUCCCUGCCAUCACUCUGCUGUCUGAGGGCAGGUUCCUGACUCCAGAGGAGCUGGAUAGUCUUAUAGAGUAUUUGAGGGUCAAGAGGGAACGCAUCGUAAGAGCCGACCCACUUGCAGCAGCGCAUCCCCCGGCGACCGCAGCCACCCACGAGCCUACUCUCCAGGCCCAGACGAUGCCCCCUGCAGUCCAUCCCGGUCACGCACCACCCUCACACAGUGCCCACUCCACCCACAUGAGCAUGCCGCCGGCCCCCAACGCCACAUCCAACAACCAGCAGGAGCUGCAGGCUAAGAUCCUCAGCCUGUUCAACAGUGGCGCUGGGGCAUCGGCCUCCGCUGCCAGCCCCGCCAUGGUCCCCCAGUCCUACGGCUCCACCAUGGGUAUCCAGUCCACAGGCCUCCCCAUGUCCUCAGCCUCUCCUGUCCCCAAAAUGGCCACCACACCUUCCCAAGUCCCCAACAUGAUGGGUGCCCGGCCCCCCAUGCGCCCGGGCCCGGUACCCCUCGGUAUCCACCAAGGCUAUGGGUCGCCCACAGGCCGUAUGGCUGCCCCUCAGGGGGGGCAGAGACCUCCUGUCUCAGGGGGAGCGGGCAUCAACUUCGACAACCCCAGCGUCCAGAAAGCCCUGGACACGCUCAUUCAAAGCGGACCCUCUCUCAACCACUUAGUAAAUGCUGGGAAUUCAGCAUCCCCCAGACCAAGUCAUGGCAUGGGCCAGGGCAUGGGCCAGGGCAUGGGUCAAGGAAUGGGCCAAGGAAUGGGCCAAGGAAUGGGCCAAGGCAUGGGUCAAGGCAUGGGCCAAGGCAUGGGUCAGCCUCCGCCCAUGGCAAUGUACCCUCGCCAUUACUGAUGAUUCCCCUCAUAAUGUGACCACACCCAACCCUCGAGUCUGCAAAGCAGCUUUUGUUAAAUUAAUUUACCACAGUUGAAAUGUGUAGAUGUAGACUGAUAUUUUCUGUUUUUUUGUUGGUUUUUUUUGCAUUUGUAAAUGCUUUUAGAGGACCCUUUUUUUACCCUAGGUAUUGUAAUGACAGACCUCGGUUAUUUGGUAAGACUAUUUGAAAGUCAGACAUUUUCGGUUGUAACCAGUCUCCAUUUUCUGGUUAGUGUGAUUUGUUGUAAAAAGUUAAUUGCAUGUCCGAAGAUAUUCAGGAUUGUGCUGAACUUGUUGUUCUCUGCUCAACCACAAUGUUUGAUGGCUAGAUCUGGUGUCGGUGUGGGCCAGUUCUACACAGCAAAACUUUUAUACAACUUCCUGUGUGAUUGUACUAGCAGUGCUCCUGAAAUAAACAAUUUUUGAAUGUGA